UCCAUACUAUCGAUAAUAGAAAAUUUCCUUCGCAAUAUGUGUUUACUUGAAGAGUAUGUUUGCUCAGGAUGAUUUCAUUUCAUAUGAUAAAUGUCGUAAACUGUAGCACAAAGUGAUAAACAAUAGACAUGAAUUGUAUUUAUCUUACCAGAUUUAUUAGUUUUUCUUCUUUUUAAAAUGCUGCUGAACAGAAUUAAAUAUCAGCAUUCGAAUUAUUGAAGUAUGCCCAUCUUUUGGAUUUUUAACUUUCUGUUGUCUGCAUCUUAUUGUCUGUGCCAAGUUACUUACGAACUAAAUAUCUAUGGUGAAGCUCAACAUGGUUAUUUCAUUAAAGUUUAUUUGGGAACUCCUCCACAAGCAAUCAAUCUUCUGUUAGAUACUGGUAGCAGUAAUGUUGCUGUCGCUGCUGUACCUCCAAAUGUUGGGGAUAAUAAAUUUUUUCAUUUCAAUGAAUCUAAAACAUUGAAUAAACUUGAUACUAAUGUUCACUUACAAUAUAUUGUUGGUCAGUGGAGUGGUUUCUUAAUCGAAGAUGUUUUGAAUUUCGGAAAUGGUACAAUAACAUGUACUCUAGCUUGUAUGGUAACCAUUAAUAAAAUAUUUGAACCUCAUUCACAAUUUCAGGGUUUACUUGGAUUAGCAUACCGAUCAAUUGCAUUGCCAAACUCAUCUGUUCAACCCUUUUUUGAUACGCUUAUCAAAGAUAAAGAUGUUGGUAAUAUUUUUAGUUUAGAUUUAUGUGGGCCAUAUUUUUCAAACCCAGUACAAGCAACAAAUUGUGGAAAAUUUGAAAUGGGUUAUACCUCCAAAUUAUCCAAUAAUCGUGAUGUUGUUUACACACCUAUUAUCAAAGAAUGGUAUUAUGAAAUAAUUUUAACUGAUUUAAGAGUGGGAAUGAAACAUAUUCCAAUGGAAUGUUGGGAAAUUAAUAAAAAAAAGUCUGUGAUUGAUAGUGGCACAACAGAAUUAUAUUUGCCUAAAAGUGUGUAUGACUGGACAAAUGAUGAAAUUCGAAAACAUGUACAACAUAUUAUCUCUGAUAAAUUUUGGAUGAACAAAACUGCAGCAUGUGUGCCUUAUGAUAAAUUUGAUAUAUCAGUUUUUCCUACUCUCACGUUGUCCUUUUAUCAUUCCAUAAAUAGUUCUUUUAAUCUCCUUAUUUCUCCUGAAUUAUAUUUAUUACCUUAUGAAAAUAAAUCUACAGAACUUAUUUGUUUUAAACAUGCUUUUGCUGUAUUGGAUGAUGGAGUUUUAAUUGGCUCAUCAAUUUUAAAAGGAUUUUAUGUGGUAUUUGAUCGACAGAACAAAAGAAUUGGAUUUGCUAAUUCUGAACAUUUUAAUGAAACAAGUGGUUUUCCUGGAUCCGUCAUGAAACCAAAAUAUACGAAUAAAAAUAUACAAAUGUGUAAAAAAGAAGUGAAACUAGCAAAUUCCUUUGAUCUUUCACCAUUAAUGAUAGUUGUUUUAUUCUUUUCUGUAUUAGUGACAUUGGUGUUACUGUACAUGCUUAUUUCAUGGAUUUUUAGAACGUUUUUACUGCAUACUGAUGAAUCGUCAGAAACAAGUAGCUUAGUAGACGGCAUUGUUUUGGAAACAUGGAAAUGAUGAAAAUGAUCAUAUUCUGCUUCAGGAUUUGAGAGCAAAUGAACCUUCUUUUGAAGAGAUAGUAUGAAAUGAGAUAUGUACCAAAUGUGGAAAAAAAUUGAAUAAUAUGUAUAUGAAGAUAUUCGGCACACAAUUGAAUGGCUGUAACUGAAAAGUUAUAUAGCUCACUAAAAUGCAUUUAAUGUGUUUAUAUUCAGUGAAAAGAACAUCAUCAAACAUUUAAGUUAUUUGAUAAUCAUGAUUGGCUCUUAAUAUAAAAAUUUGCUGAUUAAUGCAAUUAAAAUCACUCAAUGUCGUUUUAGUCAACUUGUUGCUUUCAUUCAAAAUUAAAUAAAUAAAGAUUGAGCAAUAAUUAAAUUUUUAUGUUUGUGUGCUAAACUAUAUAUUAAUCUUGUUAUAAAUAAAACUGAAAGAUAUUUUUUACUUACAGAUUUUUCCUUUAUCUUUAUUAUUUGAAAUAUUUAAAAUAGUUUUUUAAGAAAUAUUUAACUUUUUAUUGUGAUUACAGUUUCCUAUGAUUGUACUAAUUUCCUAUAACUCAACUAUACUUAUACUAAUUUCUUAAAUUGUAUAAGAUACUGCAGCGAACAAUUCAUAAGAUUUUAAACUAUGAAUAUGAUUUCAUUGGAAAUGACUUUUUAUUUAUUAUUUUGUUUGUGUUCAUUUCCUUAGCAUUUUAUCUAUUUUGCCUUCUGAUUCUUUAACUUAUGGAAAAUGAUUAUGUAACUUGUAUUAUCAAAAAACUAUAUUCAAGGUGAACUUAUUUAUGACUAAUUUGACUUCUUUAGAACAUCUUUGAACAAUCUUAGCAUAAGAAUGUUUUAUUGUAGCAUAUUUAUUAUUUUUUAUAAUGUGAUUUAUUGAUGAGAAAGUACCAUAACAAAUUUUUAAAUCUGC